UGCUAAAUGACAUACCGUAGACUAUACAACGCAUCUCAGAAACGAAUUAGCUUCAUUUGAGAAGGGUUGUUCUAACAGGGGUAAACUUUUCCACAGAAGACACAGGUUUUGAAGAGGAUGACAGCUAUUAAGAUGUUCGCACCACUGUGCAAAUUUCUUCUUCUUGGAGAGAUGGUUCAUGCGCUAGCUGGGACUGAGCCCUCUGCCAUACAACAGGAGAGUGGUCUCAUGUCAGCCAAUGUUGGAGACACAAUGGUUCUGCAAUGCCUCUAUAAAGGCGACAUGGCCAUGCAUUUCUCCUGGUACAAGCAGCCCUUCAGAGAAAAACCUAAUCUCAUCUCAACCAUCUAUAAGUAUGACAAAUAUGCUACAUUUUACCAUGAGUUUAAGGAUAACCCUCGGUUCUCAGUGCAAAGCAGCAACGGCGUAAAUCACCUCAGCAUCUCAGACAUUAAAGGCUCGGAUUCAGCCACGUACUACUGUGGGAGCGCACACUCAAAUGUGGUGGAAUUUGGAAAAGGGACCAUUCUCAAUGUAAAAGGUUCAGAGUCCAACAGCAUGUCUGUGCUCCAGCAGCCUGUGUCUGAGUCAGUCCAACCAGGGUACUCUGUGACUCUGAACUGUACAAUACACACUGAGACCUGUGCAGGAGGACACAGUGUCUAUUGGUUCAGACAUGGCUCAGGAGAAUCCCGUCCAGGAAUCAUUUACACCCAUGGAGACAGGAGUUAUCAGUGUGAGAAGAGCUCUGAGGCUGGGUCUCCUACACAGAGAUGUGUCUACAACCUCCCCAAGAGGAACCUCAGCCUCUCUGAUGCUGGGACUUACUACUGUGCUGUGGCUUCAUGUGGGGAGAUACUGUUUGGAGACGGGACCAAGCUGGACAUUCAUGGUGGUGACAUUCAGGUUGCGACUGAAGUGGAUAUGAGGAUCCUUGUCCUCCUCUCCAUCAUAAGAACUGGAGUUCUCCUUUGCUGUCUGACCAUCAUCUUCCUCAUCUACCUCAUCAGGAAAUAGAUUAUCUAUUCUAUGAUUCAGAUCUAUUCUAUGAUUUAACAUUUUAAAUUGUGUUUUUUACAUUGGAUAAAAGUAGAGCCUCAGAGCAACAAAAUUGUAUAUCAUACACUGCAUUUGAGGAACAAUGGAAAAGUAAUUCUGCUUUGAAAGUUGAUAAACUUGUAACCUCACUUUUGAGAAAA